CGCAGCACCCCACUUCCUCAAACCGCCGGGAAAGCGCACGGUCGCCCGCGCUGCCUUCGCCUUAGACUUGCGACACUGACGUAAGGCGGCCUUUGACGCCGUUGCGACGUUUCCUUGCGCCGCGGGAGCCGGGCGGACGCGAGCGGAUGGCGGCCUGGAGGCUCAGGACUAAGAUCUUCUUCCCCCAGCUCUGCCGCGCCUUCGCUGGCCGCCGCUGCCAGCUCGCCGCAGAGCGCAGGGAUGCGGCGCCCGGCCCGGUCUCAAGAUUCUGCCCUCCAAAAACAUCUUGCCAUGAUUGGAUAGGACCCCCUGAUAAAUAUUCAAACCUUCGACCUGUUCAGUUUCACAUCCCCGAGGAUGAAUCACCAUUGGAACAAAAGCUUCGAGAACUAAGACAAGAAACACAAGAAUGGAAUCAGCAAUUCUGGGCAAACCAGAAUUUGACUUUUAGUAAGGAAAAAGAAGAAUUCAUUCACUCCAGACUGAAAGCGAAAGGCCUGGGGUUGAGAACUGAAUCAGGUCAGAAGGCAACACUAAAUGCAGAGGAAAUGGCUGACUUUUACAAGGGAUUUUUAAGUAAGAAUUUUCAGAAGCACAUGUAUUAUAACAGAUACAUACUGAUGCAUAUGUGCUGGUGAGACAAUAUGACGUGAUGUUUGAGACUCGCUUUAAAACCCAACAGCAAUUUGGCAAUGACUACGGGUGCUGGUUACACAACAUGAUUAAUGUAAUUGACAUCACUAAAUUGUAUACCGGAAAAAAUGUGGCAUUGGCAAAAUUGGGUUAUAUAGUUAUUUACAACAACCAAAAACAUAAUAACAAAGUUGGAUGAGGCCGGUGAAACCAGCUUUAGAGAAGAGCAGCGAUGCUGAAGCAGGUUAACUCAACAUUAUGACCCUGUCUUUGUACAUAUUAGAAAUUUCCAGAAAAAAGCUUUAAAAAAUAAAGCUAUUUGCUUUUUGAAUUUCUUAGCUGUCUGGCAUAAAGAUAAGGCCUGAAACAUCUGGAUUCUGUUUCCAGUGCUGUCAGUUGUCACUCUGAACUAGUCAGGUUGUUCAGUCACGCAGCUAUUGGUUAUAUUUCUCUGGGCUUUGAUUUCAGAAGUGGACGCAUAGCAUGUUUGCACCAGGCACGAUCUUUGAUAAGCUUGGUGCUUCCUGAGCCACAUUCAGAUGAGGAGAACCAACCUUACCCGGGACCAGGAGACAGUGGGGUCCAGAGCUCCCCUCACUGUGCCUUCCUCCCACUCUCUGGUCCCAAUCAAAACAGGAAAAGCUGUUUCCCCCACACCACUCACUUCAUCAUGAGUCCCGCUGUCUGUCCUGGUAACGGGAAGCCUGGCUUUUCUGUUAUAACCUAAGGACUUUUAUCCUGACGGGAGACCAGUUUUUGUUCCCGGGAACUGUACUUAUCUAGGGC